UCUCUCGUUCGUUGUCGAAAAUAAAUAUGUUGUACUUACCCGGGUAUCGGUUGUGAUGCACACUGUGCUGGAAUUCCUUAAACUUCAAAAACUUCUUGACGAUUAAAAUGAUGCGUUACAUAAUUCUUCUUAAAUUUUCGAACAACAAGCAAAUACGACAAGCCUGGGAAAUUUAAUUGUACCCGUUGGCUCACCUGACUACUAUUUUACCCGCGCUUUGCAUCGAAAUACACCGUGGCGGGUAGUUGUGUACGUUAGGCGUAUAAGCGGCAAACGUAGGUUUUUCUGAGAUGGUUGUUGAAGGAUCUGGUAAAAUGUUUGUUUUGAAGAGAGACGGAAGGAAAGAGGAAGUCCAUUUUGACAAGAUCACAUCCAGAAUACAGAAACUGUGCUAUGGAUUGAACAUGGGUUUUGUGGAUCCACCAGCGAUCACUCUGAAAGUUAUCAGUGGUCUAUACUCUGGUGUGACAACAGUGGAACUGGACAAUCUUGCAGCAGAAACUGCCGCCACAAUGACAACCAGACAUCCUGAUUAUGCUGUACUGGCAGCAAGAAUUGCAGUUUCAAACCUACACAAAGAAACUAAGAAGGCUUUCAGUGAUGUAAUGGAUGAUUUGUAUAAUAUGGUCAAUCCUGUGACAAAAAGGAAAAGUCCACUUAUAUCAGAAUUCCACCACAAUGUCAUUAUGAAAAAUGCAGACAGGCUUAAUUCUGCAAUAAUUUAUGAUAGAGAUUUCAGUUACAACUACUUUGGAUUCAAGACACUAGAACGUUCAUAUUUGCUACGCAUUGAUGGAAAAGUUGUUGAACGGCCACAACAUAUGUUGAUGCGUGUAUCUCUUGGCAUACAUGGUGAGGACAUAGAUGCUGCCAUACAAACAUAUAAUCUGUUAUCUGAAAGAUACUUCACACACGCUUCACCUACACUCUUCGGAGCUGGUACUCCUAGACCCCAGUUAUCAAGCUGUUUUCUGCUGUGCAUGAAGGAGGACAGCAUUGAAGGUAUUUAUGAUACUUUGAAGCAGUGUGCAAUGAUUUCCAAAUCGGCGGGAGGUAUUGGUCUUAGUGUACAUUGCAUACGAGCUGCUGGAAGCUACAUUGCUGGAACCAAUGGCACGUCCAAUGGCUUGGUUCCUAUGCUGCGUGUAUAUAACAAUACAUCCAGAUAUGUGGACCAGGGCGGUAAUAAGAGACCUGGAGCAUUUGCAAUCUACCUGGAGCCAUGGCAUGCAGACGUCUUUGAAUUCCUGGACCUGAAAAAGAACACUGGUAAAGAGGAAGUUCGUGCUCGUGACUUGUUUUAUGCUUUGUGGAUCCCAGAUAUAUUUAUGCGUCGUGUGGAGGCCAAUGAAGAAUGGAGUUUAAUGUGUCCCCACAACUGUCCUGGUCUCGAAGAUUGUUGGGGUGAAGAAUUUGAAAAACUCUAUACAAAAUAUGAGGCUGAAGGAAGAUAUGUACGCAAAGUGAGGGCUCAGCAAUUGUGGUAUGCUAUUAUAGAGUCACAAGUGGAAACGGGGACACCUUACAUGUUGUACAAGGAUGCCUGCAACCGAAAGUCUAAUCAACAAAAUCUGGGUACAAUUAAAUCCAGCAACCUGUGUACGGAGAUUAUUGAGUACACAUCACCAACAGAGAUUGCUGUAUGUAACCUUGCAUCCAUAGCUGUCAAUAUGUUCGUGAAACCUGAUAAGACGUAUGAUUUUGACAAGCUGAAAGAAGUCUCAAAAAUUGUGACCAAAAAUUUAAAUAAAAUAAUUGAAGUCAAUUUUUAUCCUGUACCAGAGGCAAGGACGUCAAACAUGCGGCAUCGUCCUAUUGGUAUUGGUGUUCAGGGCCUUGCAGAUGCAUUUAUUCUAAUGAGAUAUCCUUUUGAGAGUGAAGAGGCUCAGAAGUUAAAUAUCCAGAUAUUUGAAACUAUCUACUAUGGAGCUCUAGAAGCAAGCUGUGAACUGGCAGAGACCUUGGGUGCUUAUGAGACUUACGAAGGAAGUCCUGUCAGCAAAGGGAUUUUGCAGUAUGAUAUGUGGGACGUUAAACCUACAUCACUUUGGAAUUGGGCUGCUCUCAAGGAAAAAAUUGCAGCCCAUGGUGUCCGCAACUCUCUCUUGUUGGCACCUAUGCCAACUGCAUCAACUGCCCAAAUUCUUGGAAACAAUGAGUCGUUUGAGCCAUAUACCAGCAAUAUCUAUACACGUCGUGUUUUGUCUGGAGAAUUUCAGGUUGUAAAUCAACACCUCUUGAGGGACUUGACUGACUGUGGUCUGUGGAAUGAUGAUAUGAAGAAUGAAAUAAUAGCAAGUGGUGGAUCAAUACAGAACAUUGCUGGCAUUCCUGAUGACCUGAAGGCACUGUACAAAACUGUGUGGGAGAUACCUCAAAAAACUAUUAUCAAGAUGGCAGCUGAUAGAGGAGCUUUCAUUGAUCAGAGCCAGUCUCUCAACAUACAUAUUGCUGAACCAAAUUAUGGAAAGCUCACAUCAAUGCAUUUCUACGCAUGGAGAAUGGGGCUGAAGACGGGAAUGUACUAUCUUCGUACUAAGCCUGCGGCUCAAGCAAUCCAGUUCACAGUCGAUAAGAGUAAAUUAUCACGCAAUGUUAGCACCUCAACAAAUGGCCAUUCCACCCCAAAGGUGCAGAACAACAGCGAUGAAGCGUACAAUAUGAGUGCAAUGGUUUGUUCAUUAGCCAACAAGGAUGAAUGUUUAAUGUGUGGUUCAUAGAGUAUUUACAUACAAUGCUUAAAAGUGUAUCAAUGUGUAUAACAUACAACAUUGCAAUUGUUCUGAGCCAUAUUGGCUAAGGAGAAACAUAUUUUUGUGCUGUUUUGUUUAAUCAGAACUAGUCACAUAGAUGUUUAUUACAUCCUGUAUAUCUUUUUGAAUGCUGCUUACAUCCAUUAACUAUUAUAUAUUUUUGAUAAAUCUGAAGCUUUUCUUUUUUAUGGACAUGUAUGUUUUGUGGGAGGCAUUUUAGUCCUUCAUUUUAUAUUUUUCUUGUAGUGCAUCUGAAACAGGAUUCCAUCCUUGUGGCUAACUAUGGUUAAAUGAAAUAUGCCAGGAAAACAGUUAUGUCAGAUAUUUUUCAAGAAAUGUAAUACAUCACAUGAACACAUCUUAAGGUUCUGUUACAAACACGAAUACUUCGGGUUUGAUUUUGAAGUGUGCAAUAUUUGAUGUUGCAGAUAACUGAAACUAUCAGAUCAUCUUUUUCAUGUACAGUGCAAUCCAUAGUGUAACAUGUCUAUCCUUACCAGUUCUCCCCCCCCCCCCCCCCCCCAAAAGGAUUCUGUAAUUUCAGUUAAUCAGACAAAUGACUGGUAGCAUGAAAGUUCAAUAUAUUGUUUGGAGUAGGGAAGAAGUGCAGCAGUUCCCUGUAAAUCUGUCUGUUUACAGUUUAUUUCUGUAUUUAAGUUUUUGGUUACCUUGUACUUAACUGGUUUAAUAGAAAGCAAUUGCUUUUACAUUUUAAAUGAAAUCUGUUUUAAAUGAAAUCUCAGUUUUAAAUGAAAUCUCAGUUUUAAAUGAAAUCUCAGUUUUAAAUGAAACCUCAGUUUUAAAUGAAACCUCAGUUUUAAAUGAAACCUCAGUUUUAAAUGAAACCUCAGUUUUAAAUGAAACCUCAGUUUUAAAUGAAACCUCAGUUUUAAAUGAAACCUCAGUUUUACAUGAAAUCUCAGUUUCUUUUAUGUAUAUUUAGAUUUUGUUGUGUGCAUUAUAUUUAGAAAUGAAAUUGGUAUUAAACGAAGAAGGGUGGUAAUCAGAUUUUCAAAGUUUUAGAGAAUUUAAUGCUGUGGGUGAAUGAUGUUGAUGUUUAUUAUUAAAAGAGGAGUCUCAUUUGUAAAAGUAAAAGGGUAUCUUAGUAUCUUACAGCACUGACUUUACCAAAAUCAGAUUAUGCAAUAGAAAAAAUGAUAGUGCCCUUAUUGAGAAACGUAAUAUUUGUGUAUGUGCAUACAUCUGAACAUAAAAUGGGUUUCACACACACACAAUGCCUUAUUACUGUAUAUUAAUAACUCACAUUCAUUUUGUGAAAAAAAAAAUUGUGGUUCAUUAUAUAGAUAACUCGUAUUAUGCACUGGGCUGACAGCUGUUGAAAUUGUUUCUUUGCUUGUACUGCCGUUUCUCAGCUUAUUUUCACUUCCAGGUCGGAAUGCUAUCACAACAAUCUGUUCCUAAUUAAAGGAAAUAGAAUGGAAGUGGUACUAAUCGAAUAUUUAUAAGUACUUUAGUGAUUCAUGAAGGUGGUGGCAUUUUAUGUUUGGCUUAGGAGUAAUUUAUUGCUGAUCUGUCAUUUUAGUCAGUGAUGAGGUGUACAAAAUACGUACUGAGAGGAUCUGAGCACUCUUUGAAGUGAGAUGGAUAUUUUUUAUAUUUUUAUAAUUGAGAAGUGUUAACUUAAGAGUUUCUUCCUGCUGUGUGCACUGUUAUCUUGAUGGUAUAGAUAUUAAAGUAGGAAUUUUACAUGCACCAUUGUUACUGUUGCUGGACAUCUGUUAACAUUUGAGUGUUAAAAAUGAUUUCUACUGAGGUCACUAUGUUUAUGCACUACAUUUGUAUGUGAAGGAUAUGUACAUUGUCUGCUAUAUCAUAAGUAAAAGGAUUGUUUACAAAUAAA